CCCUGCCAGGUUGUCCGCAGCCGCGCCGGUCUUUUUCCACCCUGGUGCAGGUCCACAGGGUCUCCCACUCGGGGCUGCGUAGCGGCACGGCCGUCUGGCCUCGGGAAUUCAGUCGCGAGGAGCAGAGGUCCGCCGUGCUACGAGCCGCAGUUCCCGCAGGCGGUGGGGAGGGCUGCCUGGACGGGGCGCUGUUGGGGCUCCAACAUGGCGGCGGCGGUUCGCGCUGCAGGCUUCCUCCCUGCGUGGUGCGGCACGCCAGUGGGUCAUUUAUGGUGCAGGCAGCUUUACAUCAACACCUUUCCAAUAGCUUCUACUUUGGUGUUGAAGACUGUUCUCAGUAAUGGUUCUCCACCAAAAUGCAAAAGCUCAAGCAUGUUUACUUUAUCCAGUCCUUUGUCGUCUCCAGGAACCAGAGACAGUUGUCCUUUCAGCCACUUGACCCGUGCGCUACAGACACAAUGCUGGACUUCUUCUCCCAGCAAUCCGAUGUACCAGCAGUAUAGAUCCUAUAGUUUCUUCACCAAAUUGACAGCCGAUGAGUUGUGGAAAGGUGCUUUAGCAGAGACUGGUGCUGGAGCAAGAAAAGGAAGAGGCAAGAGAACUAAGAAAAAGAGAAGAAAGGAUUUGAACAGGGGUCAGAUCAUCGGUGAAGGGCGUAGUGGCUUCCUAUGGCCUGGUCUGAAUGUCCCUCUUAUGAGGGAUGGAGCUGUGCAGACCAUUGGCCAAAGAAGCAAAGAAGAGCAGGAGAAGGUAGAAGCUGACAUGAUCCAGCAGAGAGAAGAGUGGGACCGGAAGAGGAAGAUGAAGGUUAAGCGGGAGCGAGGCUGGAGUGGAAACUCGUGGGGAGGUGUCAGUCUUGGCCCCCCCGACCCUGGUCCCAAUGGAGAAACAUAUGAUGAUUUUGAUACCAGGAUACUGGAGGUACGAAAUGUUUUCAAUAUGACAGCAAAAGAGGGAAGAAAGAAAUCAGUCCGUGUCCUGGUGGUUGCGGGGAAUGGCAGAGGAGCUGCAGGUUUUGCUGUUGGGAAAGCCACUGAACGGUCAGACGCCUUCAGGAAAGCGAAGAACAGAGCCAUUCACUAUUUGCAUUAUAUAGAACGAUAUGAAGACCAUACAAUAUUCCAUGACAUCUCUUUAACAUUUAAAAGGACACAUAUCAAGAUGAAGAAGCAACCCAGAGGCUAUGGACUCCGCUGUCACCGAGCCAUCAUCACCAUCUGCCGUCUCAUUGGCAUCAAAGACAUGUACGCCAAGGUCUCGGGGUCCCUCAACAUGCUCAACCUCACCCGGGGCCUCUUCCAUGGACUCUCUCGCCAGGAAACCCACCAGCAGCUGGCUGAUAAGAAGAGUCUCCACGUUGUGGAGUUCCGGGAAGAAUGUGGCCCUCUGCCCAUCGUGGUCGCCUCGCCCCAGGGGGCCUUGAGAAAGGAUCCAGAGCCAGAAGAUGAGGUUUCAGACAUCAAACUGGACUGGGAGGAGGUGAGGGCAGCGCAGGGGAUGAAGCGCUCUGUGUGGUCGAACGUAAAGAGAGGUGCCACCUGAACUUCCCUCGGCCUCACCAACCACAGUGUCAGUCAGCUCAGCACCUGGAGGAGACUCACUCUCAUACCUUGAAAGAAGAACGGGCUUUGUUGUUUUUAAGGAAGGACCAACUUGAACUUAUUUACCAACAAUAAAUAAUGACAACUUUA